CGACGCCGUCGCUUUGCAAGCCGCGUGAGUCCCGAGUCGCGUAGUGCCCAGCGCAGCUCAGCGCGUCGCGUCAGUCUUCGGCCCGGCGUCCUUCCCGCUCCACUAAGCCUUGCUCGCCGCGCCGCUCCUCGCCAUGGACCGCACCAUCAUGUUCCUGCUGCAGGCCCUCUGCGCCGUGGCACUGCUCUCAGGUUCCGAGGCCAUCCGUUGCUACACCUGCAGCUCCGACCACGACCCCCGCUGCGCUGAUCCCAUGGAGAAGACGAUGCUGCCCACCGAGUGCACCGUCGAGCAGGUGAAGCGCGCCGCGCGCCAGAUGGCCAACGUGCUGGGCGCCUCGGCUGGCCUGGGCGUGGACGCGUUCGGCGAGCGGUACGCGCAGUACGGCGGCGGCCAGUCCACCAUGGGCUGCCAGAAGAUCGACGUGUUCGUGACCAACGCGCUGUCGCGGCGACAGAACACCACGAUCCGCGGCUGCGUGCUGAUGCCCGAGAACCCCGAGGAGCACUGCCGCCGCGUCAGCCAGGCCAUGCAGUCCGAGCUGGUGCAGAACACCUUCUGCGGGGCCUGCACGGCGGAGGGAUGCAACGGCGCCACGGGGCUGUCCGUCACCCUGUUCGCCCUGGUGCCCGUCGCCCUCACUGUCCUGCUCGCCGGCCGCCAGUAGGCCAGCCACCAGCCACUCCACCGCGAGGCGCUGAGGCCAGCCCGCCGUAGUCCGCCGGCCGGCCAGACGGCCAAACCCGAUAGCCAGCCCGUCAAUCCGUGGCCGCCGGACCUUGUCCAACUACCAUGGCGGUGUGCGCCUUGUUCUUCUAGCGCGCCGCAUCCCAGCUCCGUCUCCUCUUCGCGCUGAUCAUAAAAACACGAUGCAGAACAGUCGCGAACGUGCAGAGCUCUCGCGACGCCCAGGCCGCGCCGCUGCAGCGUGGGGCGAGGCGGGGUGAGGUGGGGCGGGGUGCGGUGAGGCGGGGCACUGCUCGACCGGUGCAGCGGGGGCCUUCACCCUCUCCUCUCGCGCCGAGCAGGCCGAGCAGGCCGAGCAAGGCGCCACCCACUUAACGGCCUCCGGAUAAAUGGAAACACGGUGGGCGGGCAUCGGGCCGCUAUACCGUUCCUCAUUCAAACCAAUGUGUGAUAGCUUUCGGUGUCGUACGGCACCAGGACCUCUGUCUGCCCGAUCGGUGACGGUACCCCCUGGGUAGGACUAACGAAUGACCAAUUCAUUUUGGUCAAUAUACAAAGAGAAGGCUGCAUCCCGGGCGAGCGCCUGCGAAGUCAAGCGUAGGCAUGCCUGCAGGACACCCGUGUUGAGCGGGCUAGCCUACCCCACGGAUGUCAGGCGCUUUCGCUAUGUUUCCCAAAACGACAUCCUCCUCUUUCUUUCUGUUCUGCCUGGGAUUACCUUAGGUCCUCAGUGUAGAUAGACGUCCUGGUAUUGUGUCACUCUACAUUGCUUGUCCCAACGAAUGUACAAUCUUCACGAAAUAUUUGAUCGCUUUCAAUCAGCGCAAGGCAUUAUUCUCGAACCCAUCCAGAGCCACAACUAGUAAUGAUAAAUCAAUGUUUUAACUAAUGCCCGUGAGUGUCGUCGUUGCCUGUGAUAAAGCUUGCAUUUCAUUGGGUGACUUUUGAAAGUAUGUGUAGAGAUCGUGUAAUCCACUCUUGCUAGUCAGAUUGGGACACAAAAUUUUUAAAUAUUAAAAUGAAUACAAAAGUUACAGCUGCACAUUCUAGAAGUUGAAUCUGCACACCGUUUCUUCUUGAAUUCCGUCCAAUAACCAUAAUCAGAUCAAAUUUCUAUGUCUAUACUUCCCCGAUUUUACUCGCAUUUUGGAAAUGGGGUCCCAGAAACUACAGAAGUAAUAAAUCAGAACUUGAAUCAAUUUUUUUGUUGUUGUUUAGGAUUUAGUAGAAAACUAGGCCAUUGAACCAAUUAAUUUAUGCAUUUUGUAUGAAAUGCCAACUUUCUCGUCUUUUAGUUUUUGUAUCGUAGGGUUAUUUAUGUUCUUCUACAUUUGUAAUUUGUUUAGAAACCACGGUCAUUGCUUUAAUAGCAAAAAUGUUUGUGUGAAUUUUUGUACUCGUCUACUGUGUUUGCUGUUCUCAAAAGUACAAGGCAUCAUCUUAGAAAUAAAGUAAAAAUGAAAACCCAGA